AAAGCAUACGCCCAUACACCAUUCCAUUUUAACAGAGAGAGAAGAGUUUUAGUGAGAGAAAGAGAAAGAGAGUCGGAGAGUUUUCUUCGUGUUUUUUUAACUUGUGUUUUUUUCUUGUCUGAGUUAGGGUUUUAAGUUUUUGGCUUUGAUCGUUUUCAUCGUCGACGGGAGGUAUCGGAAAUGGCGACGAGUUCACGUUCGGUAAAGCGGGAGUUGAGGAAGCCGGUGUUCGUCAAGGUGAGCAGUCUGAAGCCAGAGACCAACGGCCACACGCUGAUCGUCAAGGUGAUCGGCUCCAACAUGGUGUUGCCGAAGGGCAGCGCGGUGUCGACGCACCUCCGUAACACCAGCAUUGCUGAAUGCCUCGUCGGAGACGAAACCGGCUGCAUCCUCUUUACUGCUCGCAACGAUCAAGUUAAUGUGAUGGAGCCUGGUACUACUGUGAUCCUCCGAAAUGCUAAGAUUGACAUGUUCAAGGGAUCCAUGAGGCUUGCAGUUGACAAAUGGGGGCGUAUUGAGGUCACUGAAGCGGCUGCUUUUGAUGUGAAAGAAGACAACAAUCUCUCCCUGGUUGAGUAUGAGCUGGUGAAUGUUGUGCAGGAGUGACUCUGGUCGUUUAGCUCCUGUUUACUAGUGUACUAGUAUAGUUUUUGCUGGUUUGCUGUGGUAGUCUGCAAAUGGUGGAUAGUAUGUUUUGUGGUGAUGACCAUGCAUUUUGUAAGCUUAAAGAAAAUUAUUGGCUGGUCAUGUAAAACUUGUUUAAUAUGCGGCAAAAUGCAGACUAUAUAUAGUCCUAGCUCUCUUUCUAUGAAUGAUGAUUAAGGAACAUCUCUUUUUUUUUUUU